AUGGCGACCACCGUAGUGCUGCUGCUGAUCCUACUUCACUUGCUGGUGGCGAAAGCGACGGCGGCGGCUCAGCGGCAGCUGCCCGUGGCGCGGCCGAGGUGCCGCGACAGGUGCGGUAACAUCACCGUUCCCUACCCCUUCGGCAUCGGCGCGGGCUGCUACCGCGACGAAGCCGGCGCCAACAGCUUGCGCUUCGAGCUCGAGUGCGACGACGGCCGCUCCCCUCCGCGCCUCGUGGACGCCAACCAAAAGAACCAACUCGCGGACCUCUCCCUCGAUGCCGGCGAGGCCCGCGCCUACCUCAACGCGACACGCCACUGCUACAACUCCACAGGGGGGUUCGCCGGGCGGAACACCAACAAGGCGUACAUGACCCUGUUAGGCACCCCCUUCCUCUUCUCGUCCACCAAGAGCCGCCUCGUCGCGCUCGGCUGCCCCAACCUCGGCUACUUCGUCCAUGGCGACGGCUACUACGUCAGCGGCUGCAUGUCCGUGUGCCGCCCCUCGCAGGAAGCCAUGCCGGGCCCGUGCACCGGCAUUGGGUGCUGCCAGAGCGAGAUACCCCCCGGCCUCCAUUUUUUCGAGCCUACCAUUCGCAACUUUCCGCGGGGGGGUGAGGACUUCUCCUUCUACUCCAACAGCACGCCGUGCCGCUACGUGUUCCUCGUCGACAAGGAGUGGUUCAGCUACACCGAUCGCGUCUUCCUCAACCGCACCGACGACUUCGAUGUGCCCGUCGUGCUCGACUGGGCCAUCCGGAACGUCGGCAACUGCAGCGCCGCUAGGCAAAACACGACGGACUUCGCCUGCCGAGGUGGGGCGCGCAGCGACUGCUUUGACGUCGCCAAUGGCCCCGGGUACCGAUGCAACUGCUCCCAGGGCUACGAAGGCAACCCGUACCUCGACAAUGGAUGCAUAGAUAUAGACGAGUGCGAACACAAAGAAAAUUACUCUUGCUACGGAGUCUGCACAAACACAAUAGGGAGCUACACAUGCCAAUGCCCUCCGGGUACUAGUGGAGAUGUCAAAGUCAAGAGUGGCUGCCGGCCAGAUGACAAGUUUACAUUAGCUCUGAAAGUCGUUACAGGUGUCAGCGUCGGGGUGUUCUUGUCGGUGUCCAUGUGCUUCUGGCUCUACUUGGGGCUGCAGAAGCGGAAGCUCAUCAAGGCAAAGCAGAGCUUCUUCGAGCACAACGGAGGCGUCAUCCUGCAGCAGCAGAUGCGUUCCUAUAGUGGCACCGCAGGAGGUGGCGGUGGCGGAUUCAAAAUAUUCUCCGAAGAAGAGCUCGAGAAGGCGACCAACAACUUCGCCGCCGAUCAGAUCCUCGGGCGGGGCGGCCAUGGCAUCGUGUACAAGGGUGUCCUCGAGGACAAGACGGUGGUGGCCAUCAAGAAGUCCAAGGUGAUGGAGGCGACCGAGACCAAGGAGUUUGCGAGAGAGAUGCUCAUCCUCUCCCAGAUCAACCACCGAAACGUCGUCAAGCUGCACGGCUGCUGCCUCGAGGUGGAGGUGCCAAUGCUGGUCUAUGAGUACGUCUCCAAUGGCACCCUCUACCACUACAUCCAUGGCGGUGAGGGCCUCGACAAUAACAAGGCACUCGAUACCCGCCUUCGGAUAGCGGCAGAGUCUGCGGAGGCGCUGUCAUAUAUGCACUCGUCAGCCUCGCCCCCGAUCCUCCACGGUGAUGUCAAGACGGCGAACAUCCUGCUUGACGACAACCUCACUGCCAAAGUCACGGAUUUCGGGGCGUCGAAGCUGGCACCAAACGACGAGGUUGAGAUUGCGACAUUGGUGCAGGGAACUUGCGGGUACCUGGACCCGGAGUACCUCAUGACAUGCCAGCUGACGGACAAGAGCGACGUGUACAGCUUUGGCGUCGUUUUGCUGGAGCUCCUUACAGGGAAGAAGCCGAUCCGCUUCGACGGGCCAGAGGAGGGAAGGAGCCUCAUGUCCGGGUUCAUGACAGCAGCGAAGGUUGGUGGACACUACGAGCUCCUAGACAACCAGGUGAGAAAUGAGAUGGGGCCAGAGGCAUUGGAAGAAAUCACACACCUCAUGAUGCGAUGCGUGAGCAUGAGCGGCGAGGAGCGACCGUCGAUGAAGGAAGUUGCCGAGAGGUUGGAGGCGUUGAGAAGGUACCAGAGGCACCCAUGGGGCCAGGCUGGUGCUGGUGAUCCGGAGGAGGGGCAAAGUUUGCUUGGUAGAGAGCAACAACGUGAUGUGAAUUAUAAGUUCAAACCGCAGGACGUGCUUGAUCUCGAAGAGGGUAGCACAUACACUUUUAGCUUGUAG